CUAGUCCUAUCCUGAAAGCAGACACAACUUUUUUUCAAAAACGCUAUAGAUUGAUAAAAAGUCCUCAUCUACACUACCAUCGCAAACAAAGUUUUUUGCAGACUCUUCGGCCUUUCUGAUGCAAACAUGUGACUCGCCGUAUUCGAGAAAAUUUUCUUCAUUUUUUAUUCAAAAUGUUAUACAUCAAAUUCAGAAGAAGCACCCGCCACAAAAAGUAGAAGGCUCGUGCUUGUUCAAAAUGAAUGUCCAGGUCCUGCUUAAAACGCAUCGCCUUCGAACUCGAAGUCUCACCGCUACGCGCAAACCGAAGAAAUUUUCUAUCAUAAUGUGUGUGUCUGUAACACGCAAACGCAAAAAUAAAAGAAUUCUGAAAUGUUAUGAAGGACACACAUCGUAA